GGAGAGAACAUCUUGAAUGAAGCCAGGAAGUCAGCGGGCCAGAGGUUGUAUCGGGGCUCUGCGGUUGGCGUGGCUGAGGUUGAGGCCACAAGUUACUGAGGAAGUUAAUUGUUGACAGGAGCUUCGUACUCGGCUCACAACCACGCACAGUGGGCUUCCUCCCAGUAUCCCCCUUUGCCCCUGGGCCUAACCCUGCCCUGGAGGCGGACUCGCGGGAGAGGCGGGAGGCGGAACGCCCGAGGGCGCCCUCGGCUGGCGCGGAGCUGCGCAGGAGGCUGACGCACUAGCGUGGCUCUGAGACGCGUCACCCACGCUGCGGGCAAGCCAUGGCGGGAAGCGAGCCGCGCAGGGGCAGUAACUCGCCGCCGCCGCCGUUCAGCGACUGGGGCCGCCUGGAGGCGGCCAUCCUCAGCGGCUGGAAGACCUUCUGGCAGUCAGUGAGCAAGGAGAGGGUGGCGCGUACGACCUCGCGGGAGGAGGUGGAUGAGGCGGCCAGCACCCUGAUGCGGCUGCCGAUUGAUGUGCAGCUAUAUAUUUUGUCCUUUCUUUCACCUCAUGAUCUGUGUCAGUUGGGAAGUACAAAUCAUUAUUGGAAUGAAACUGUAAGAGAUCCAAUUCUGUGGAGAUACUUCCUGUUGCGGGAUCUUCCUUCUUGGUCUUCUGUUGACUGGAAGUCUCUUCCAGAUCUAGAAAUCUUAAAAAAGCCUAUAUCUGAGGUCACUGAUGGUGCAUUUUUUGACUACAUGGCAGUCUAUAGAAUGUGCUGUCCAUAUACAAGAAGAGCUUCAAAAUCCAGCCGUCCUAUGUAUGGAGCUGUCACUUCUUUUUUACACUCCCUGAUCAUUCAGAAUGAACCACGAUUUGCUAUGUUUGGACCAGGUUUGGAAGAAUUGAAUACCUCUUUGGUGUUGAGCUUGAUGUCUUCAGAGGAACUUUGCCCAACAGCUGGUUUGCCUCAGAGGCAGAUUGAUGGUAUUGGAUCAGGAGUCAAUUUUCAGUUGAACAACCAACAUAAAUUCAACAUUCUAAUCUUAUAUUCAACUACCAGAAAGGAAAGAGAUAGAGCAAGGGAAGAGCAUACAAGUGCAGUUAACAAGAUGUUCAGUCGACACAAUGAAGGCGAUGAUCAACAAGGAAGCCGGUACAGUGUGAUUCCACAGAUUCAAAAAGUGUGUGAAGUUGUAGAUGGGUUCAUCUAUGUUGCAAAUGCUGAAGCUCAUAAAACUGUGUAGAAGCAUCCUGCCCUGAGUUCCACAGUUGGGAGGAAAUGCAUUCUGCUAACAACUACAUGAGCUUGGAAGAGGAAACUGAGCCUCAGAUGAAACCAGCUCUGGCUGACUCCUUGACUGCAGCUUUGUAAGAUCCUGAGCACAGCACACAUUGAAGCUGAGGCUGGACAGUGGGUGUUGUUUUAAGCCACUAAGUUUGUGAUAAUUUGAUACCUAGCAGCAGAAAACUAAUACACCUCCCUUUUGCAAGAUGUAUCCCAUCUACCCUCUCUGUCCCUUUUCGCCACUUUGUUUUUCUUCAUAGCCCAUAUACCUUUCAUAUUUCAAAUAAUUUAAUAUGUGUGUGUGUUUUUAUUUUCUUUCCCCACUAUGGUAUAAGCUUCAUAAGUGCAACUAUUUUGGUUUCGUUUGUUUACUGCUCUGUCCGCACUGUUUAGAAGAGAACCUGGAACGUAAUAAACACUUAAUAUGUAUUUGUUCAACAAAUGAAUAAUAAUAUUCUUCUGACUUCUUUGUUUUCUCUGUCACUCAACUGACUUCUGUGUUUCCAAGUUUCCCACAAAAGGAUUUUUUUUAUUUCUUCAAUUUUUAUCUUAAGAGGAACUUACCUCUCAGCAAAAGAGAAAAUUAUGUCAGUCAAUGCCUUAACAAUGGAGGUUUACAAGCAAUCUCACUUCCCAAAGGCCAGAAAAUAAGAAACAGGUUGUCAGAUUAAUUACAACCGAUGGCACAGAAUGCUUAUUAGAGAAAAAUCACCAUAAAUAAAUUCUACAGUUUUAAUAUUUUUUAGGCUUUUCCAAAAUCAACAGAAGAUAUAUAAAGUUUCUUUACACAUACAAUCCCCAACACACUAUGAUCAUUGAUCUAGAAAUAUCUAGAGUUUUAGAUUGGAAAGCAACUUUUGAGAGUUGUUUGGAACUCCCUUAGCUACUUUUAUUUGCUUCUAAUAAACACUCAUGUUCGUAGCCAGACUCAGUUCAGUUUGGUGGAGUAUUCUCUCCUGGUUCCUCUGCCUGGGACACUGCUGGCACAGAGACUCAAGGCUGUUAAUACAAACUGUUCGAUUUUAAUCACUGAAUUUAAUUGGCUUCUAUCUUUGAACUUGGAGGAGGAAAUAGACAAACUCAUGAGAAGCCCUCUUGUGUCCAUCUCAGAUCUGUGUCUCAGAGAGAUUUGCUAAAUAUCUAUCGUGUCUCACAAUUGUCUUGACUCCUUGAAUGUGGAAAAGAGUACAUGCAAAUUAGAGGACCCUGGGCAGCCCUUUCAGAAAUCAAGUCUUCAGGACUAAGAAGCUUUUGUUUUUCCCUGAAAGCAUACCUUUGAAAAAGAAUGUUUUAACCAUACUUUGAGCAUGUGGCUUCUGUAUGUUCAGAAUACCUCCAUGACACUGGGAAUGAGUGUGAGUAAUAUAUGAUACACACACAAAAGCAUUUCACAGAUGUGAAGAUCCAUCUCUAAUUUUCCUUUAAAUUGAUUGAUUCCUCUACAGGCCUUUCAUUCAUUUUUGCCUUUUUCUGUUUGCAAUUACUCUCAGAUUUCACUGAGGGUAGAACAAUUACAUAUUCCUGGACCUGUGCUUGUGGCUAGGAGUAGGAACCCUACAAGACAGUAGGGCUUUUGACACGAUCCCUGAAUACAAGUCUACCCAAGUAAGCAAAGACUGACCCCAAUUUGGGGUGAGAAUUGGUCUUGCUAAUCUUUAAAAAUUUUCUAUUUUAAAGUUUAAAAAUAGCAUGCCUUCAAAUCAUUCCAACUAUAACUAUGGCAAUAUAUUCAUUUGUGAGAGGAAUGAUUCUUCUGCUUAUUUUAAAUAAGAAAAUUAUGCCUAAGCGAUUUAUUUUAUUUAGCAAGACAAUGACAGUUACAAAAUUAUAAUUAAAAACUCUUGUGUGGAGAUGCCAGUCUUAGAUUUCCUCAAAGAAAUGUGUAAAAGAAACUGAUUACUUCUUUUGUAUAGCUAAAAAUAUAUUUGUUGAUAAAUCAAAUAUUGUUUUGAAAUGUUAAUAUCCAUUUUGUUCCUUAUUAAUUUGAUUUUCUUUUUGUAUAUCAAGCCCUUUGAAUAAUAAAGCAGUAUUAAUAAAUUAUUUUUUUUGUUAGGGACCAUAAUGCAAUACUUAGAUUUAUAAAAUGUAGAAACAAAAAAUUUAAAAAACAGAAGAAAAACUUUUUUAAAGCUCCAUAAUUAUUUUUAUUAUAAUGUGUGUGGAGAGACUAUUGUCUGCUCAGCUUUAUCAUGGUUACAAAGAUAGUUUUCCUCUAAUCUUUGCUGUUUAAGAAAACAGGUAAUUGCUUUACCAGACCCUCUGAAGAACUGAAUUCUAGGUUUCUCUUCUUUAGACACAGUCUGAAUGGUUUAUGAAUUUCUUUUAAAAAAUAAAAUUAUCAGAAAUUU